CAAAGUUCUGUAAGUCGUGACACUGGGCUCUUCCUCUUAUUCCUCGAGCGUACACCUCCUCCUACUCUUUAAUAUCAUCAUCAUCACAGUGAUUUCUAGUACUGUCACAAAGUCCUUGUUAGGGGUCACUACAGCUACAGCUACUUGAAGAUUCUUCAUCUCCUCGAACAUCUUUAAGUACUCAUAGAAAGUACUCACUUGUUUGCUAGCCCCCAACUACAGGAUCAUAAUUAGUACUUUCUGAGUCGUUGUUGACGUCUUGUUGUCCACUUCAGAACCAUGCCUGCUGCUACAGCAGUCUCCUCAUCGGCAGUGCCGAACGUCUCACCAACUGCAACUCAAGCGGUCUCUGCAACGCAAGCGGCUUCUGCGCGCCUCUUGUCCUCCUUGUUGGUAGGGGUGAAGCGGCGCCAGCAGCAAGAAGGUUUUCGAUCAUUGGUCGAGCAUGUGGAAAUAGAACGCCUCAAAUGUCGUUUCGCUCACCAGCUGUCUGCACUACUUAAGGCUCAAGAAGAGGAUCUAUGUGCAUUGUACUCAUGGUAACGACGCUCAAAGCACAUAAGUAAAGCAACCGGUUCGUUUUCUCUCUAACGACUUUAGGCUUAUCCGUUCAUGCAACAUAAGAAGAAAAGUAUCUAAGACUCUAAGGCCUAUAAGAUUGUUCUCGUAAUGAUCAGAAUCAUGCAGUUAUGAUGUAGAAAAUUUUUCUCACGUUUGUGUUUUUUACUAGGUAACUAGGUGUAACGGCAUUGGCAGAUUUGCUUUAGAUUCACAUGCAGUGCUGCUGCUGCUGCAUGCUCAUUUUUGCAUUUAAUUUGUCUUUGAGACCUCUAAGUUCCGUUCACUUGUGGUCAAGCUGAAAGAAGAAUCGGCAUGGGAGAAGAGGAGACAGCUUGGUGGUGGAGACGAGGAUGCUGUAGAACUACACGAAAGCGACCUGUUAAAUCAUCCUGCUGGUGUGGAGGAGCUACGAGGAGAUGUGCCAUAUCAUGGCGCUGUUCCUGUUGACCGACAUGAAUACGACAAUGUUCUUGGAGUACAACAAGUCGUGAAAAAUAAAGACACUCACCUCCUUCAGCACGUAGCUGUUGAAGAUGAACAAGUAGCAGCACAAGAGAAAUCCUCAAUGUCCAUGGCCUCCUCGCGAGAAAAUGAAGGGGACGUGGAUCCAAUGUCCUUACAGAUAAAAGCAGAGGGUGUAGGCGAAUUGAGUACUGAGAUGCCGAUGUUGUCCUCACACGAAGAGGACGUCGUAGAUCAAAUGCGAAGUCCUGAUGUCCUCACUGAAGAGGUCUUCGACGAGGAAGAACCAGACAUCCCCUCUGAGCGUGAACAGGGGAGUCUGCCUCCUCCACCGCCUUUAUGGAUAAGGGUGUUUUCUCCCUUUUUCAACAGACCAUGUUGAUGUUCGAGGAUGCUGCAUGUUCUUCUAGGAACAAUGCCCCUUUUCUUGAGUCCCUUGAAUGAAUAAGUAGGUGAAAGUGUGCAACUACUUUAACUUCUUAACACAGGGGGAGAACAAGCCUCGAACUUCAAUAGGGGAGGAAAAACAAAUAACAACAUUCAUAGCCUACUAGCUAUCAAAAACGGCCGUCAAUACAAGCUACCGUGAUUCGAAGCCAGGUUGGCGUUAUCGCACAGGGAGCCGCGCAAGGAGCUAGCCGUGUGCUGGUAGAAGUAGAUGUUGAAGAUGUUGUGAGUUGAAGAUGUUGAGUCGGUCUCUUUACUCUUCUGACUCUUCUCAGAGGGUACAAAAUAAAGACUGAAAGACCUCUUCACUACUCGACCAUGUAGUGCCUGAGGUAACAUGACAUGACAUAACUGAGUAGACUCCAAGCAAUUUGUUCGAACCUGAUAAUGAGUUCCAUCAUUCCCCAACUUGAUUCUCAAUACGACAGCCAAGUUUUGUUUUAUACCUCUACAGAACAAAUAUUGGUCUACUUACUCAACUACCACUACAGGAUGCGUCCACGGGUAGCUUAGGCUCGUGUAGUUUAGCCUCGUCUCCUAGUACGACAGUUGGAGGAGCGAAAUUGUUACCCAAUUUCGCACUUUUACCGAGUCGUAGAUCACCGGUCGCAGGCAAGCCACCACCGAGGAUUCUAGGUGCUCCUGGUGGUAUUUUCAGUGGUGCGGCAACGCCACGGGGUCCUCAACAUUUGGGAGUGCUUAAUUUCACACGUAUAGAUACUCGGAUUAAUACUUCCAACAUUAUAAUUCUACUCUUCUUGUUGAUACAGCUAGCUUCAACUUGUUUUUAUUGCAAGAUUUUUUGCUUCGGUUUUAGUCUUAGCACUUGCUUAUCAUCUUCGUCCAGAACCAGAUAAUUCAUUGGUAUUUUUUGCUCGUGGUCUCCCAUCUUUCUAUGAUUUCUUAAAAACAACAGCACUACGAAUGAUGACGCCUCGAAUGGAGGGACGGCUGUUGAGCACACAAAAAGCGACACCAGCUGUCCCACAAAUGGCAUCAUCUGGUGGAACAACUACUACUACAGCUACGAGGUCAACAAUAAACGGCUCUCCACUCGCGGAAGAAGGACCACAUCAUGCUUCUGAGCAAGGGGAGACGAGUCAGUUCUUGGCAACAGAGGAGGGAGACAACCCUACCGACGUUGAAGAAGAACAAGAAGGGACGAAGGAAGGUGAUGCACGACCAGAAGUUGUUCUAGAAGAUGAUCGUGUAGGUGAAGAUGAUCAGCAGGUGAACACUGCUGUUGAGGAUGCCACCUCUCAACAACAUGAAGAAGAUUUGCGCGAGCAAGAGGAGGCCCAAAUGAUCUUAGACGAAAACUUGAAGUUAGAUACUAAGAUGACCACUGUUUCGCCUAGAAAAUUUGCGGUUGAGAGUCCCAUAGUUGCUGGCGUAGUAGAAAACCCAUCUCGACGUCAUGGAGAAAAUGUGAAGAAUAAUGCGUGCUCUGAAGAACAAGUUGCAAUAGUGACCGCAAAUAGUAGUACCGCUGGUUCUUGUAUUAACCCGACCACCACCACCACCACUACCUUGCCUUCAACUUCUUCAUCCUCACGUACCGGACAUUCAGCUCCGCGAAAUACAACGAGAACACGGGUAAAUCCGCCAUCUUCUUCCUCGAGUGCAGCGCCUCCGCCGACUGCAUCUAGUUCGUCGUCUUCGUCCACCAAUACAGGAGGAGCAAUCGGGACUUCUACAUCUGGUAUUUCUACUAGUAGAGGUAUCAGCGUAGGUCCCACAGCUUCGGCAAAGCGUGCAAGUAUGCGAGCUAAAAUGCGGUCUGGAGGGCAGAGUAGCUGGGUUAAACCGGAACUGCCACGCGGUGGUGCUACGGGAGGGGGGGGAGUGUAAUGAUUUUUCUACUUACGAGUUUAUUUUUCUUUUUUUUUUCCAUCUAAAAAGUACUAGAAUUGAAGCUCAAUAUCGUGAUUUCUGGUCGAAAAUUCGCAUAUAUCCUUCUCAAAAGCAACAUUCUCAUUCACAUACCUAUGAUUUCCACAAUGACCAUCUUCCUCUCACAGGAACCCCAUUGGAUUUCUAUCGCCUAUGGCUAUCGGUGCCGGUCGCUUUGGUCGAAGAGAAAGCGCAGACAACAUGGCUGCUUCUAGUAGUAAACGAGGUACAGCUAGUACGCAAAAUUCCAAUGCAUCUUCGAGAAGGACCUCUCUCGGACCCGGAGGCGGUGCUUCGUCAGUAGUCGUUGCAGGACCAGGAUCACAUAAUACUAAUGCUAGUGCUGCAGGUAGUACUUCCACCACUUCUACAACGUCGAGCAACAAUAUUAGCAGUGGAACUACAUCUACAUGUACAUCUUCUACAUCAACUUCUUCUCAAAUAUCGACCCUAAUGACACGGUCAGCUUCUACGACACAUCAUGGACGCCGCACAACGCAUCAUCCGCCACCAGGAGCAUCCUCCUCUUCGAGAAAAGGCAGUGCUAUGCUGAACAAUAGCAUCAAUAGUAGCACAAGCAAUACACUUAAGGCUACCGCACCUGAUGCAUCCCUUAUGAUAUACGUAGCAUUCCUCUCUGGAUUUUUUUCAAAGAGAGCAAAAGUCCAGGGAGAAUCGAUGUGGGCCCCAAAAAGGAUGCGAAUACGCUAGGCGACUCUGCUAAUAUGCCAAGUAGCGGCAGCACUAAUGCCGCUAUUCAUUCACAUUCCACGUCUACCGCGUCUAGUACAGCUAAAGCCACGUCCAACCGCUCGAAGCAGGUUCUUGACGGAACAGCUAGUGUCGGUUACGGGUCCUCAUCUUCUGCAACAAUUAGAACACAAUCGGUAACAGUAGCAAGAGGAACAGAACGACGACCGCAAUCACUUGCGCCGACUUUUCUGCCUUCACCCAGAAUCCAUCUACCAGCGAAAAUUGGGAUCCCUGCUGGCGCACUCUCUCCCGCUAUGGCUCCACGUGCAAUCACUAGUACUGGUGCGUCACAACUUGUUAAUCGCAAUAACAUUAAUACUGCGCCUAGUACAACUUCGAAAGUGAAUAGUACUGGUACGUCUAGUACUAGUAGUGGAUCCGGUGGACCGCCUGGUGGUCUUGUCGUGAAUAAUGCAUCAAGUACUUCUAGUGGUACUAGCGCUUCUAGUGGUACUAACGGCAACAACAUGAUAAUCGGAAACAAUCCCCCAUCUUCGCAGCCUCCUACGAUUGCACGACCUCUACUGAGCACAUCCUUUGCAUUUACUUCACCUCCGCCAGCGUACCGUACAGGAAAUCUCGGAUUUCUGUCACCAAGGAUAAAUUGGUCGACGAACAAUGGACCGAGAGCAGGGGGUUGAGGCUGAUACACAUACAGAUACUACUCCUACUCGUUGCUAUCGUGGUGCGAAACUGAAAUUCAUAAUGUAUUUUCGCUCUGACUUCUAAAUUUUCUUCUACUCCACUUUCACGAAUUUAAUGAUUCACGACACCGACACGACAAGUGCAGCAGCCUGCUUCUUUUUGAAGAACGCAUGAAAAAAGAAACCUUCAUCUUGGCUAACAGCCUUCAUUUGACAACAUAUGUACUGACAGCAUAAGUACACACACAAAAUGAACAUGAUGACGCGCAUUCUUUAUCACCACGAGGAAUGGGUUCAAUCCUAUUCUGGACCGUGUGUGACUCAUCUG